AUGGAUUACACCGACAGAUAUUAAGUUUACUGAUCGAAACAACAUCAAGUCUAACUCACUCACGAUACUCAGAUAUAUCACUUAUCAAAUCACAAACCAAUCAGGACAUUAUAGACAUUGAAGCACUGUUGUUAGCUGAUACAACGCAACCAUGGUUGAGACAGCCAAAGUCGUGGCUAUAUUCGUAGUAUUUGGGAUAACAUUUUUCUUUGGUGUUUCACCAAUAUGGCUUCUAAAGUUGUUAUCAAACAAAAUGGAGAAUAUAUCCCGGCUCCAGUAUUUAGUGAGUAUGACGAACUGCUUCGCAGGGGGUGUCUUUCUUGGAACGGCCAUCCUUCAUCUUAUUCAGGAGUCAAUGGAGACAGUUGCUGAAGCUUUACCAGAACUAGAAUUUCCGUUGUCAGGAGUACUCAUCGGUACGGGAUUUUUCAUCGUUCUAGGAAUAGAACACGCAAUAGGACUCUUCAGUAAAGAUGAGGACAGUCCCUUUUUAGACCAUGGACACGACCACGGACUGAAGAGUCACAAUAAAGAAUAUCAGACUCGGGAAUCGAGAGUGGUCCCACAAGAAGGGUCUACAUUCGCUAAUACCACCCCUCCUUUAACAUCUGCAACACAGAACGGAGAUAACCAGGCUGGUAUCAGCCCGUUAGGUCACCAAACUACUGGAGAGACGACAUUCUCUAACGUUGACAUGCCGCAUGCAUCAACACCGACAGUGUCUGUUGCAAUAAAAGAGGGAAAAUCAACAAUCAUAGAUACUUCUGGUGAUGGACGCUCUAAAACAACAAGACGGAUCCGAGUCGUAAUUCUCGUGAUCGCUUUGUCUAUACACAUGAUAUUCGAGGGAAUGGCUAUAGGGUUACAGGACACUGUCUCGAAUACAUGGACAUUGGUGGCCGCCAUAUCGAUUCACAAGGCUGUCAUUGUGUUUAGUGUUACAUUGAAAAUGAAGGAGAUUGUGGAAGGAAAUCUCCGGAUUAUCCUAUAUAUCCUGUAUCUGUCGUUAGUGUCUCCCAUAGGGAUAGCAAUAGGAAUUGCAGUAACAAGUACAGGUUCUGGAAAUGAAUCUGCGCAGAACACAAGUUCUGGGAUAUUACAGAGCCUGGCAGCCGGAACUUUCCUUUAUGUAACAUUUUUCGAAAUUCUCCAGAAGGAGCUGUCGAAUGGAUACAGUCUGCUAAAAGUGUUUUUAACCCUUCUGGGGUUCGCGGCUAUGGCUGCCCUGAAAGUACUGGAUGCUGACUAGCAUUCAAAAUUUGCUCAUUAGAACACUGUUGAUACAAUAUUAAUGCAGCUAACAGUUUUGGAUAUUAAUCAAAAUACUGAAUGUACUAAUUGGUAUUGAUAAUAUUUUGCACCUUAUUGCCCAGGCUGACGGAAAGAAUGGACGAGGAAAGCUAUCAUUACGUCAAAUGUCCCUGUCUCAUGUUCUUGUUAAACACAUAGAGAUUUUUUGAUGUAGUGACCAGUUUCGAAACAGGUAAAACAUGUAGCCAGUAGGAAAUACAACAGAAGAAAUGGAUGUUAAUUUUCUCGCUAUCAUGCUAAGAGAAACUCUUUAAGAUUGUGCUAUGUCCACUUAAGACGACUCCUUCAUGAAUCUAUUUCUGCACUAAAUGAUAAUAUCCAAUUACUUCACAUUUUUACAUGGCUUUCUUACACAUAAUGCUAAUAUGAAUAUGACGAUAUAAGAGAAAGCUCAGGAAUGUAUCAGAUAUACCAGACGCUUUUUACUAAAUUAUUACAAAAAUUCAAACUAUCUGGCAAAUUUCAGUCUGCACGUCUACAAUCUGGAUUUGUACCAGUGAAGUUAAUACAAGAGUAGUUGUUUGACUAUCACUCAAUAAUUAUAUUGAUGAUCAGCUAAUUGAUACUUGUGUAUUUUCUCUUUUUUUAGAGAACUUUUUUUUUGAUAAUAGAAAUUAGCUUUCUUUUAUCUGACAGAUUACCUCGUACCAUUACUAUACAUGUAACAAUGGUCUGGUUUAUUCAUAUAAUAUAACAAAAGAAAUGAUAACGAUUUGGGUAAAAUCUAAAGGCUAUACCUUGGAGAAGAAAACGAAAAUCUUGACAAAGUGCCCUCUCCGCCACGCGAUGAUGGAUUACGUUAAAAAUGUAUUAAUAUUGAUGUGAUACAUUAGUCUUACCUCAUGCCUGAAAUGCUAGAUGUGUGAGUUUCGUAAGAUGCAUUCAUACAUAUAAUGAUAUACUGAUGGUAUACCCUACGUUAAUCUACCACCGAUUUCAACGAGUAAACUACUGAGAAGUAAAAUAAAUAAACAAAAAAAAAAAACAAAAAACAAAAAAACAAAAAAAAAAACCAUCCUGUAUCAAAUGUAUUUCUAGUAUGUUUGUGUUUUUAUUUUUUGCGGUGUCCAUUUGAAAAUCAUGUCAUUUUGAUCAUUUUUACCCACAAACACACAUUUUCUAAAAUACUGUUUAUUCACUUAAUUGUUUAUUAUUCACUGUUUAUUCACUAAAUUGUUUAUCAAACAACAGGAAAGUUUGGUCUUUAACCCUUCCAUCCAGAUAUCCCACACAGUUGCUAAGAUUGUAUAUUGAAUAGCACUGGAAAAAAAAAAGAAAUUUAAUUAAUUGUUAUAAAAAACUGUUUUGAUUAUUUUUAUUUUCGAUUGUCUUAGAUGUUAGGAUCUCAUUAAAUACCGAUUAAACAUUAAAUAAACUAAACUGUCAAAAGUCAUCAACUAUUGAGUUUUCAAUAAUAUCAUGAUUAAAAUAAAAUCAAAAUUAAUUUAUCAUUGUUGCAGCCCAGCCUCUUAGACUUGAAACAUAAACUGUGGAUCUCUUGUCCCCAGCUGUUUAACAGCACAGAACAGACAAAUGAAAACCAGCAUUAUUGACACUCA